UUCAAGGUUUGCAAAAUUGCAAGACAACUGUUGAGCUACGGAAUGAGAUUACUAUCAAGGGCACUAUAGUGAAUGUAGAUGAUAAAAUGAAUACAACCAUCAGUGGGGCAGAGUAUAAAUACUUAGAUGGAACUGUAAUGAAUUGUGAAAAUCUUUUCAUACAAGGAUCACAAAUCAGAUACGUUCAUAUUCCAGAUGACAUUGAUCCUAUGACACUUCUAAAUAAAAUAGUUGAUGAAGAAUCAGAAAGAGAAAUUGCUCCAUUCUCAAAGCAAAAAGUAUCUGACAAGAAGUUAACACGAAUAGAGGAAGAGAAGAAGAUGGUGAGAGACUAUGUAAUGGGAAAAGGAAGAAGAAACUGACCUCUAAUCAUUAUAAACAUAACUAUGGUCUACUGUGAAAACAUUGUACAUUCCUCAAUGCUCCACCCAUAAUAUAUUUGUGGCUAUGUCAGGGCCUAAUCUAAGACAAAGAAUAGAACAGAAUGUCUUCUGUGCUCUUACUCCAUCCAUAGGACACAAUGUUAUAAGUGCUUACACCUCAAGGCUGGUUGCUUCCAAUAUUGAUCCAUUCCUACUGGCAAGGAACCUAUUCUCUAGUAGCAUUAUAUCAGAUGAAUGCUACAGGACAGUUACAGACAGGCAUUGUGGCAUGACAGCUACACAGAGACUGGAGUAUCUGGUCCACACAAUAAGGGGAUCUGUGAAAACCAAACCACACGUGUUUCGACAGUUCUUGUCUGUUCUCUUUAAUCUAGAAGAUACUGUUGGAAUUGCUUUAGCCGAAGAAAUGAUAACAGCAUAUGAAGUGCAAGAGGCAGUUGAGCUACAAGACUCACUCCACCUCCAAGCUCACACAAUACAAUCAAUGGUUGAUGAUACGAUGGAGAAAAUACUAAAAUGGCAAGAGACACGCAGAAACACUAUCGAAAAGCUCGAUGACCUGGCAGAUUUUGCAAAACGAUAUUGGAACAUAUCAUUGCUAGCAUUUGGAAUUGUUAUAACGCUAGUAGGAAUGACACUUAUGAUUGAAAUUGUGCUCCCACUAGUGCUAAUAAUUUCCUUUAUAGUUCGAUCUGCUGCUGGAAUUUUGGUAAGUAGGAUCAACUAUAUAGAAGCCAACGAGUACGUUAAUCGUGAAAAAUCAGAUAAAAACGAAGUCAUCAAAUACUUGAAUAAAUUAAGAGAUAUAGAGACAGCAGCUAAUUAUCCAGUAUCUCUCAAUGCUAAAGACUUCUUACAGAUAUUCAGCAAAAUACAUCCACAUGAAAACGGCAGCUCUAUACUCGAUAUUGUGGAGGGUAUUGCAUCCACUUUGAUUGAAUUUCUACCGUGUGGUACAGAUCCAGUGAUAAGACUUAAUACACGAUUACGUAAAGAACUUGACAUUGUGUGCAAAAAGAUUAAAGCUUUAUAAAGUGCUUAGUCAAAACUAUUUAGAAAGGAGAACAUUCUGUGAAGCCAUUGGAAUUAAAAUAAUAUUGAUUAUGAAUCACAAUGUGUGCGUUUGAUAAAAUAUAAGAGUGAUUUAAUGCAA